CCAAAACGGCUUCUUGUACAACUGCCACCCGUUGUUACCCAAAGAAGAAACUUACACACACACACACACACAGAGGGUUUUCUAGAGAGAGAAACCCAUUCCUAGAGAGAGAAACAACACCUCACCACAGCUUUUUCCACAUCCCCUAUGCUCCUCUAUCUCUAAUCUCUCUCCCCCCAUUUGGGUUUUUUUGUUUGUAUCUAAAAACCAAAUCUUUUUCAUUUUAUUUCUUUUGCGGCCAACGAUCUAGGGUUAUCAUCUUUGAGAUCUUGAGGUCAACAAGUUCCUUCAUUUUUUCAUUCAUUCAUUUGGGUGAUCUGUUUGGUUAUUAGAUUGGGUGUUCAAGAUUCGAAUGACGUCUGCUUUGUUAAAAAUUUCUGAUAAAGUUUGUGCCAUGGCUGAAGGGGGAUCUCGUUAUUGUUCUAAAAAGUCAGAUGAUAUUUGUGGUGAUAUUUGCAAUGAGGAUUCAGGAAAACCAUCCACUAUGGCAAGAAUACGGUGCAUUCUACGCGGGCUAGAGUUAAAAACCAUCAUCUUUCUUCUAGUAAUGGUUCCAACAAUCGUACUUGGAUUAUACGUUCACGGUCAAAAAGUCUCCUACUUUUUACGACCGUUAUGGGAAAAACCACCAAAACCGUUCAACGAAAUCCCACAUUAUUACCACGAAAACGUGUCGAUGGAAAAUCUCUGCAAGCUUCACGGUUGGAGGACGCGUGAGUUCCCAAGACGCGUGUUUGACGCAGUUCUGUUCAGUAACGAAGUUGACCUUUUAACGAUUAGAUGGCACGAGUUGUACCCGUAUGUUAACGAGUUUGUACUCCUUGAGUCAAACUCGACAUUCACAGGGAUACCGAAGCCCCUGGUGUUCGCUAGCCACCAAGAUGAGUUCAAAUUUGUCGAGCCCAGAUUAACAUACGGUCAAAUUCCGGGUCGGUUUCGUAAAGGGGAAAACCCGUUUGUCGAAGAAGCUUAUCAAAGACUUGCAUUGGAUUAUUUAUUAAAAAAAGCCGGAAUUCAAGAUGAUGAUUUGUUGAUCAUGUCGGAUGUCGAUGAGAUACCAAGUAGACACACGAUCAAUCUAUUAAGAUGGUGUGACGACAUACCGCCGGUUCUUCAUCUCCGUUUAAAAAACUACUUAUACUCUUUCGAAUUUCUUUUGGAUAACAACAGUUGGCGGGCUUCAGUACACCGAUACCAGUCAGGAAAAACAACAUACGCUCAUUACCGACAGUCCGACACGAUCUUGGCAGACGCAGGGUGGCAUUGUAGCUUUUGUUUUCGCCACAUCAGCGAGUUCAUUUUCAAGAUGAAAGCUUACAGCCAUGUCGAUAGAGUGCGGUUCAACAAAUUUCUGAACCCUAACCGGGUUCAGAAAGUAAUCUGCAAAGGAGCUGAUCUUUUCGAUAUGUUACCAGAAGAAUACACUUUCAAAGAAAUCAUCGGGAAAAUGGGACCCAUCCCGCAUUCCUAUUCAGCCGUUCAUCUCCCUGCACAUCUUAUCGAAAACGCUGACAAAUACAGAUUUCUGUUACCCGGGAAUUGCAUAAGAGAGAGUGGGUAAUCAUUGUAAUCUGCUAAUCUUGUUUUCGCUGUAAAGAUUGAAGCUUUAAUGUUGAAAGAUGAAAUCCCGCAAGUUUGACCGAAUAUAAUCGACUCUGGUAUGUUUUCGUGAUGGAUUUUGUGGGGGGUGAUAGUGUAUAUAGUCUUGGUUUUUUUCGCGUGUUCUUGGUAGAGGUGGCUUUCGUUCAGAAUCUUGGUACAUGGUCGUUUGCUGAGGUGGCGGGGGAAGCUGUGCUUCCAUGGAGAUGCGAUUCAUGGGUUUACGGCGGUUUAUUACUCGGCCGGCAUCAUCAUGACAGGCAUUUUGAGGUCCCCCUGAGAGAUGAUCCGGACAGUUUCAGGCUUUUCUUUUACACUAGGAAAUUUUGAAUGUGAGACUGAUCUGUUAUAAAUAAUUUUAUUCAAAAUUCUCUUCAUUUAUUUUUAUAUAGUUUGUAUCAUGUCAUGUUUGAUCAUCUCUUUAUAGCUUGGUUGAUCUUAAAUAAUAUUUUUUUUUAUUUUC